GCAUUUCAAGUUCAAGCAAGAUCUAUUUCAUCUAGCAAAAUUCGGAGAAUAUGGUGGCUGUCCAUUGGAUUUAGCGCUACCAGACCUGACAAGACGCUUUACAUGUGAUUUUAAUAAUCUACUCAGGGAUCCUGACAUGUAGUCUCACACAAGAGAAAACACUCGAGAUUAGGAGUUGUAAUGAGCGCAGCUGCGAAAGUGGCAGUCCAGGGGAUUAAUUAUUUACUAAAAAAAAAACCAACCUCUACUGUCCGGGGAGAAAGAAACAAGACAAAAUUAAAAUUGUAUGUAAUUUAACGUGGCAGAUCAGAAUUGUCACUGAGCAUGUCAAGAAUUGAGACCCAACCCACCAAGAUUUUCUAAAUCAGAAGUUAUAUUUAACACGGUGUUUGGUUGCAAGGUGAAACAACAUGUGAAAUACUUUUAGAUUUCGGAGACAAAAAAAUAGAUGGGCGAUGGAGUAAUUCAAAUCAUGCUCUCGCAGUUGACCAAUCCUUCUGAUUACGCUUCGAGCCAGUGGUUUUAUCGCGCGGGACUUUUUAAAAAACAUAUGACCAAUCAGAAUGCUUCGUACUGUAUUUAAGGGCAACUUUGCACUUGCUUGCCAGUACUCGAGUUUUGCAAGAUGGCACGUACGAAGCAGACGGCUCGCAAGUCCACCGGCGGUAAGGCCCCGCGCAAGCAGCUGGCCACCAAGGCGGCACGUAAGAGCGCGCCGGCCACGGGCGGCGUGAAGAAGCCCCACCGCUACCGGCCCGGCACGGUGGCGCUGCGCGAGAUCCGCCGCUACCAGAAGUCUACCGAGCUGCUGAUCCGCAAGCUGCCGUUCCAGCGGCUGGUGCGCGAGAUCGCGCAGGACUUCAAGACCGACCUGCGCUUCCAGAGCUCGGCUGUGAUGGCGCUACAAGAGGCGUGUGAGGCCUACCUGGUGGGGCUCUUCGAGGACACCAACUUGUGUGCCAUCCACGCCAAGCGUGUCACCAUCAUGCCCAAGGACAUUCAGCUGGCGCGCCGCAUCCGUGGGGAGAGAGCUUAAGAGAUUUGUUACCUUAUGAUUAAAAAAAGGCUCUUUUCAGAGCCACCCACAACUUCA